GAUUUUUCUUGGCUUGUUGUAAAGUUAAAUGAUUCACGUUAUAGUUGAGAGAGUUGUGGCCUCUGCCCACCAUAUGUUUGUAAUAAUGCUCUAAUGAUAUUUAGGAAAACAUGGUAUAAGAUGUUAGGUUCUUUUUUUUUUUUUUUUUGUAAUAGCAAAAUCAUUGCUAGUUAUGCUUUGAACAAUUUUCAUGUGAGGACCUUAGAAUUGAGUAGAAGGGACAAAUGGAAGGAGUGGUCAUUGAUUGAAUGAUGAUUGAAAGUAUUUUGCUGGCAUGUAAAGGGUUGAAAAGUAUUUACUUGGUAAAAGAAACUCAUGGUUACAUUAUGAGAAGAGGAUUAUAUGAUCAAGUGCUUCAAAAUGCAUUUGUCAAUGUCUAUGGAGAGUGUGACGUUCUACAUAGAGUACCCAAACUGGCUGAAAAUUGGGAUGGAUGGUAAGCUAAUAUCUUAUAAGAUGUCAUUAUUAUUUUUUCCUUUUAUGGCUGUUAAAACUGUGUGACACCCCUUCUUGUAUUGUUUUGCUUUUGCCAAACAAACUCCUUAUUUCUGUUUAUGUUUUAUUUGUAUUUUUUGUUUAUCUAUUUGAGGAAGGAGUGAUUUCCAUAUAAAUAUUCUAAAUUGGAAGGAAUAUAAGUGCAAAAAUACUUAGAUUAUAAAGCAUGUUUUGUCAUUGUGUAGGCUUACUGAGUGAGCCUAAAUGGGGACAUCUAAAGGAUCUGCAUGCUGCUAUAAAGCUCUGUGAACCUUCUCUGGUUGCUGCUGAUUCACCCCAAUAUAUUAAAUUAGGACCAAAGCAGGAGGCCCAUGUAUACAGUGAAAAUGUGCUUGGUGAAGACCUAAAUUUCAGUUUGAACCAAACUAAAAGCAGAUGCUCUACUUUUCUUGCAAAUAUCGACGAAUAUAGCUCUGUUACUGUAACAUUCCUUGGUCAAAAAUAUAAUUUACCACCUUGGUCAGUUAGUAUUUUACCAGAUUGCAGAAAUACAAUGUUCAACUCUGCAAAGGUAGGUGUUUCUAUUCCUGUGCAUUGGCUAUUAAUGAAUGGGCAUUAACCAUU